GUGAAUGUUAUUUUCCACCUGAUAUCCAAGGCCAUUACCUGAUGCAAACGGCUGUUAUAAAUGGCACAGUGCAAUAUAGUUACGUCAAUAUUACCCAAGAUGCAAUACCAAUUUGGGGCCAAUGUCAUCGAAGGAUUGGUAACAAUGUUGUUCUUAUGAUCGAAUCAAUAAACUCAGCUUGUUAUCGAUGCGUUCAUUUGAAAUUACGUUCUAGGAACGUUUUACAAGUGAAUACAGUGAAUUCAGAUUUUUUAUCGAAAUGUUGGCGAAAUGAAUCGUUGGCAGUGUGUCCUUCAGAAGAAGUUCUCAAUAAAAUUAACGCAACCACCGAAAUUAUGUUAUACAAAAAAUUUGAUGCUGAAGGUCAUGUAAUUCGUAAGGAAUACUGUCCAAUUCAUGGGAAAUUUACUUUUACGUAUGACGUAAGUGACGAUGCUUCGAAUAAAGCUGUUUGCUUUAAUCGAAAAUCUUCGAUUGAUUCAUGCCCGUCUGGUUCGGCGUUAAAUCUACAUUUCCAGGACUGUUCUUUCGAAAAUAAUGACACAACUUUUGAAUGUCUUGGUAAUUGGGAAGGACGUAAUAAUCAACAAUACUUAGCAUUAUUGGGUCCAGGUCCGAACAACGAACGAAUCUUACAAUACCGUUGUGCUAUUUAUCAUGAGGAAAAAAAUGGAUCAAUAAGUAUUGCGGUUGCCAGCGAUUCUACUUGCAUAAAUAAUCUACAUCAUGCAUUGUACGGUCAUGAAGCGUUACAUCUAACCCCAAUACCUCAAAAUAAUUGGCCAACGGAAGUUAUUCACAGUCGAUGCAGUUUUCCUGAAUGGUUAGUUGGAAAAUGGCAACAUAUUAUUGUAAAUGAAAAUACAUUUUUAUACAAAGAUCAUACAUCCUUUAAAACGUACACUUUUAAAUGUUUGGCACGCUCAAACACAGAUCAAACUAAAUAUUCGGUUUUCUCCAGAACACAAUGUGGUGAAGAAUCAUAUAACUGUCUGUGGGUCAAACAACGAAGCACCAAUGUUAUGGAAUUCCAGUUAGGAAUACAAACAAAUAAAAGUUACGAUCCAGAUUUAUGCUCCGAUUCAAACUUCUUACCCGAUACAUGGAUAACACAAGCAAGAUUACGAAAAGAACCUGGUGAAUGUCCUGUUGCUGGUGAAUAUACCGGACAACUUCCAGAUGGUUCCUUAUUUUGUGCUAAAUUAUCAUCAGAUUGUCAAGCACCGGAUACCAUGUUUUAUACGGUUUCAGAUUGUUCGCACUCUCAAGUUUAUGAAGAACGUCAGUAUAAAUGCUUGGGGCAAUGGGAAGAAAAUGGUUUAUUAUAUACGUAUACCCAACGAAUUGAUUUGGCACCAAGUUUCUACGAAUGUUUUGUGGGAUCAAUCAUCUCGGAUAAACAAAUCAAUAUUAUGGAAGCUGGUGAACAAUGUCAAAGACUUAAGAAUCCAUUGGACUAUGGCAUGAAACUUUAUAAGCAAGGAGCAUGUUAUGGUACGCAUCCUAGUCCGAAACCUGUUAUGCCCUUAGAUAAUAAUAAUGCAAGUAAUCAUCUUACGACUCAAUCUACAAAUUAUUGGACACCAACUUCCGUGACUCCAUAUACGGAAUUCGAUAAUGGAAUUUCGAGCUCAGCAUCCACAUCGUUCCAAAAGUUACCAAUAUUUGCAAUUUUAUUAAUAAUUUUUAAUUUAUAUAGACUGAUCUAAAAAAAUUAAAUAGUCCAUGCAGCGAAUAUUUGCGAAAAGUCUGUUGGGUGAAGUUCUUGGAAAAAAAAGUUUUCACGACAAAUUGGUGUGUUCCUAUAUGUCAUCUUUAAUUUCCUACGAUUUCUACGAUCAUCCGAGCAUCCCUUCUGCUUGGAGGUAUCAGCAAAUUAUCGUGCCGGAACUUACAUUUCUAGCGCAUGGACUAAUAUUAUUGUUAAACAAAUUAAUUUCAACGAAUCAAUAUUUUUAUUAAUUUUUAAAUUUAGUAGUUUUGAAAAGAUGUAAAUGAAAGGAAAAUUGAUUUUUCUUUGUUUUUUUUUUUUAAAUUCUUGAAUUGUAUAUAUCACACUCUUUAAAAUCAGUUAUUCUCAGGAUUGGGAAUCCAACUUACGUAAAAUUUACGUAGCACAGACUCCCCCCCACCAAGCCUGUUGAUUUCUAUAUAUAGUCAAAAUCGGUUAAAUUAUUGUCCUUAAAUCCGAUAGUUCUUACUUUUUACCAAAAUGGAGUAAUUAUGUUCUGAGAGAAAUGUCACUAUGAGCUAAUUUUGUGACUGGAACAAUGGUGGAAGAAAAAUAAAAGCCCCGUCGACAAAGACGACAAUAUAGUUCACAAAAAAGUCCAGUUUAAGUCAUUCUAACUCGACCUUUUGCUGUUUCACGUUGUAUUUUUCGACAGGGCUUUUAUUUUUCUUGGUCGAAUCUUUCUUUUCUUCCAAUCCAACGUACUAACCGAUUCGUCGUUGUAAACGAUAUCGUUAUAACCG